CUCACCUCUCUCCACUCCAUCCUUCAGUCUUCGGUUUCAUCACCCCAGAUCACCGGAAUGUCGACCUCUCCUCCUCCCACCAGCACCGGCUCGGCCAAGGUCGACGCCGCCAAGGCCACCAUCGCAGCCCACGUCGACCCGACUGCCCCUACCGGCAUUGAUCUGUACUCGCGCUUCGCUUUCGCCGGUGCCGUCUGCUGCUCAGUCACCCAUGGAGCCCUCACACCUGUCGAUGUCGUCAAGACGAGGAUACAACUCGACCCUGUCACCUACAACACCGGUCUGAUCGGUGGCUUCAAGAAGGUCAUCGCCAAUGAGGGUGCUGGCGCUGUCUGGACCGGCUUCGGUCCUACCGCUGCUGGUUACUUCCUCCAGGGUGCUUUCAAGUUUGGAGGUUACGAGUUCUUCAAGCAGCAGUCUAUCAACCUCCUUGGUUAUGAGACCGCCAGCAACAACCGCACUGCCGUCUACCUCGCCUCUGCCGGUGCCGCUGAGUUCUUCGCUGAUAUCGCCCUUUGCCCGCUUGAGGCUACCCGCAUUCGUCUCGUGUCUGAGCCCACGUUCGCCAAUGGCCUCAUUGGAGGUUUCAGCAAGAUCCUGAAGACUGAGGGUGUUGGUGCUUUCUACUCUGGAUUCGGUCCCAUCUUGUUCAAGCAGGUCCCCUACACCAUGUCCAAGUUCGUUGUCUUCGAGAAGGUUAACGAGGCCAUCUACGGCUUUGUCGACAAGAACAGCACCAGCUCCGGCAUGCAGACCGUCUACAACCUCGCAUCCGGUCUUGUCGCUGGUUUCGCUGCCGCCAUUGUGUCCCAGCCCGCCGAUACCAUGCUUUCCAAGAUCAACAAGUCCAAGGGCCUGCCCGGAGAGGGUACCACCUCCCGCCUGAUCAAGAUCGCCAAGGAGCUCGGUCUCCGCGGCUCUUAUGCUGGUAUCGGUGCUCGUCUGUUCAUGGUUGGUACCUUGACCGCUGGUCAGUUCGCCAUUUACGGCGACAUCAAGAAGGCCUUGGGAGCCACAGGUGGUGUAGAAAUCUCAAAGACGAAAUAGAUUCGUUGAAGAUGAAGUUGAUGGGGUGGCGGAGAUGAUACCAGGACAGCCAUGACUGUAAAUUCGCCGGAAAAGUCUGUCU